AUGGGAAAACCGAGAAAAACCCAUUUUCGGGGCAGACAAAGCGGUUACGGUGUGAACACUAAAUUAUUUUUUCUUGAGCCGCAUGAAAAGUACAAACACAAUUCUUUCCUAAAUGACUCGAAGCGUUCCAGAAAAGAUGCUCACUUCAAUUUACAGUUAUUGCUGAUAAUAUCUUCCGAAGGUCAGAAAAAUAGCUUAACGCAUAACAUCAAUCAUGUAGUCUGUUUAUGGGAAAAGCGCAAAUUGAAUUUGAGUUUAAGGGACAAGUGCUAG